AUGGACUUCCUCUCAUCGGUGACCGACCAUUUCAUUGAGCGCUCGGACGUUGACAGCGACGGUGACUACAUCGCCUACUCCAAUGGGGAGACCCAGCUCAGAAAGCACUUCGACUCCCUCGCCCAAACGAUUCUGUCAUUGUGGCAGGCGCUCUCCGGGGGCGUCGACUGGAGCGAGGUCGCCGACCCGCUGAUCUCGGAGGUCGAGCCCCUGCUCGGCAUCGGCUUCGCCGCCUUCAUCCGGCCUUCGCAGAACCUGCACCAGCGUAGGGUUCGCACAGGCGUCUUUGUUCAGACCGCGCUCCACAGCGCUGAGGCGGAGGAGGAGAAUUUCCUCACAGAUCAGAUCAUCCAGCUGUUCCACAAGUGCAAAAGUGAUGACAGUUGGGGGUCCCUGUCCGAGGUGGACCUCGAGGAGCGCCUUGGAGAUCCAGAGCUGGCAAAGGAGUGGAGCAACAUAAGCGUCAGCGCCAACGAGGCCCAGUACGUGUUUGCCCUGCUCGACGUAGAAGAGAGAGGAGAGGUGCAGUUUGAGGAGUUUUUGAGCGCAUGCUUGCGCCUGAAGGGAAACGCGAAGUCGCUGGACAUGCUCAUCCAACUGCAGGAGUCCCGGCACAACAUGAAGGUGGUAACAGAUGGUUUCCAGAGGAUCGAGGACAGCCUAACCAAGAUGUCAGGCACGCUCCAAAGUAAGUUGAACCUCAAGAGCUGGAGAGGGGCGCAUGAUUCUCCAACGCAGCCCACACACUCGGAUCUAGACCCUGACGCCGCAGUCAUGUGA